AUGGCUGAUGAGAGAGCUUUCGAUUUGUCACUGAUGCCUUUGUACCCGGGUCAUGAACGUGAUCCGCUGAAAGUCAUUAAUCAUGGACGGAAGAUCUUUAAACUCCUACCUCCCGCAGAGCCAUUAUUUGAUCAACUCUUGGUGCUUUCAGAGUUGAAGGGUCUGACCCUUUGUGGAUAUACCACUGUUAAUCAUGGUAUGAUUAACACUUUUGUUAAGAGGUGGCACCAUGAAACGUCCUCCUUCCAUCUACCACAUGGUGAGAUGUCGGUCACACUCAAUGACGUCGCGUGUCUAUUGCACCUUCCGAUAAGAGGGAGGUUUUUAGACCAUGAAAUGUGCGACAAAGAGGAUGGAUUGGAGUUGUUGGUUGAUAAACUAGGAGUUGGCCUUGACAAAGCUUUGGCUCAGAUGGAUAAGACUUGUGGUUCUCAUGUCAUAUAUAGAUAG